CACCAGAAUGAGCUCUUGUCGUGCCCUUUUUGUUGCCACGCAGCUCCUUACUACCACCAGUACGCUUGCAUUUCGUCCAGCACUCUUUGCUCCUGUCAUUUCGCGUCCCCGUGUCAGCAUCAACGGUUUCAGAACUUGCAAGACCCUCACAAUGGCCACAAAAGCUCCUGCAAAGGAACCUACCAAGUGGACGACAAAGGAUUACAGGCGCCCCCUGCAUUGGGUCUUCAAAGUAGGCGACCUGGCCAAGACCCUGGCUUUUUACGAGGAAGGUUUCGGCAUGCACGUGCACCGUCACGAGGAGUUUGCCUCGGGGUGUGAGGCCACCUGCAACGGCCCCUACGGCGGGUGUUGGAGCAAAACCAUGGUCGGCUGGGGUAAGGAGGACGAGCAAUUCGCCCUGGAAUUGACCUGCAACUACGGCAUCGACUCGUACAAGGCAGGAAACGAUUUCCGUCACAUUGCUGUGGACGCCAAGGCCUGGCGGGGUCCUGCGUCGCAGGUAAAGGUGGAGGACGGGAGGCGUUAUGUAAAGUCCCCGGACGGCUACAGCUACCUUCUGGUCGACACGGGCAGCGCCAGCGUACCGUCGGAACCCUUCCUUUUCGUCUCCAUCCACGUCGCGGACGUGCCACGCAGCCAGCAGUACUACGUGGACGUGUUGGGGGCCACGGUCCGCCCCGGGGGCCCGGGAGCCGAGACCGGGGCGCAGAGUGUGAUGGUGGGCUUCGACCAGGCGGGUACCGGUGUGUGCUUGGAACUCGUCCAGCUCCCAGGCGGCGGGCAGGUGGACCACGCCCUGGCGUCGGGACGCUUUGCCACCGAAACCGAGGACGGUGCUCCCGACAAGGUGGGGGCGCGGGUCCAGGAGGCAGGGGGGGACGUGCUGCAUGGCCCCUUGAAAUUGCAACCGCACGGGGAGGAAGUGGUGAUCGUCGCGGACCCAGACGGGUACGAAUUCUGUUUUGUGGACGCACGGGGCUAUACCAAUUGCAUCAAUGUCCGCGAUUCGGCGGAGGGCACGACAGUGGACUGGCCCUACCGGGAGCGCUUGGAGAAAGCUGCCCGGAGUAAGGAGAACCCGAAGCUGGAGGUGGCCAAGGUCUUGGCGGGGGACUAUGAUGUGAAGCGAAUCUGUGGCAUGCUGGACGGGUGGGUGGAGCGUCACCCGGUGGUUGUCUUUGCGCAGGUGACGUGUCCGUUUUGCAAGAAGGCGAAGGAGCUUCUGAGCGAAGUAGGGGCCAAGUAUGAGGUAGUGGAGGUGGAUGCGAUGGAGGGGAAGGACGGCUUCGCCAUACGCGUGGAGCUGGACAAGGUCACGGGGAGAAGCACGGUCCCAAACAUUUUCAUUGGAGGCAAGCCCGUGGGCGGUUUCUCCGACGGCGUGGAGGAGUUGCACAAAAAUGGGAAGCUGGUCCCCUUACUCAAGGAAGCAGGAGCUCUUUAAAGGGUGUUUGUGUGCCUGUGACUCGCUCACAUAUAGGUCAAGAGAAAAAAUGGGGGGUUGAGAAAAUCACGGUCGUGGAGAUGUACGUGUGAGACGUCAUUAGGAAGUGUUGAAUAGGGGCCAUGCGGACGAGUUUGCAGGCUUGGGAUCGCCUGUGCCGGUUUACAAAUUUUAUAAACCGCAGUGGACAUAGACUUUGUCUAAAUGACAUUGAUUUCUGAAACGGGCUUCUUGCGUCUUGUCCAUUGGUCCGUCGAUGAGCUUUGUCGAGAUUUGCUUGAAUGCUCUUCGUGAAUGUGUAUGCGCGACCUCCGCAACAUCUUUCCCUAUGUCAAAAAUCCACCACACAUUGUUCUUUAAAAGGUUG